AUACUUGGUAGCUACUUUCACUCGUGAUUUUGGCCGAUUUAGAGUUGGUUUUCGAAGAUGGUGAAGUUGAAGAAAAGAUAGAUUAAGGCAUUAUUUCAGCACUUGGAGGAGUCAUUUGGAGUUUCUGGAGUAGGAUUUGCCGUGCUAAGUGAAGUACGAAGGGGGAGAUCAAGGUUGACUCUGUUCAUAUAUUACUGGUGACGGAUAUUUAUUCGAACUAUUUGGACGCUUAAUUGCAUUUGCAAGCACAUCCAUAUUGGACCUAAGGUUAUGGGUGAAGUGCCAGUGCUUUUGCAGGGGCCCCAUGACGCCGGGCACCGUUGCCACCUAUUUUUGAAACCAAAUACUAAGCAUGAUUAUCGGCCUUUCAGACUUCGAACCAUAAAGAAAACAUGGCCAAUACACAAUCAUUUCCUUGCUCACCUUGACGCUUAUGGACUACAAGGUUUUGCUAGGCUCACAUCAUGCGACGACCAAGUACGUUCGGACCCAUCCCUUUUGACAUCCCUCGUUGACCGGUGGAGACCUGAAACCCACACCUUUCACUUUCGUUUUGGGGAGCUUGCACCUACACUGAAAGAUGUUUCUAUGAUCACUGCUCUACCAAUUAGAGGUGAGCCGGUAGUCUCUCCACGAGUGUCUCCAUCUUGGGCAUUAGAUAUAGCAGCCCGUCUUGGGAUGGAAAUGCCAGAAUCACAACGUUCUGGUAACCCUCGGGGCAUCCCACUCGUCUGGCUUCGUGAUAACUUUCUUAAUUUAUCUAGCUUCGCCAAUGAGGAGACGAGAAAAAGACAUCUGUUUGCAUAUUUGUUGUGGCUCCUCGGGAAUCUAUUUUCAAAUUCACAUGGGGACGUUGUUGUCCCUGGUCUCAUCUACAUUGCAGAGAAUAUGGUAGAUGAACCUUUACCCGAGCAGCCAAAAUACAGCUUCGGUUCUGCCAUGCUAUCUCAUACAUACAGAGGCUUGUGUGAUGCCACGCAAAAAACCUCUUUCGCACAAAAAGCUCCAUUACUUUGUGUCGCCUAUGAGUUUCUACAGUUGUGGUCCUGGGAAUACCUCCCUGUAGGACGACCUCGUAUAGUACAACCCAUAUACCCAUAUGACUUUGGCGAGGGUGCUAGCGCAACUAUGGCCACCAGGUGGACAAAGGCACGGAAACGUUGGUCUCCAGAUAUUGCGAAAAAUUGUUACCCUAUGUACCACCAGCAGUUUGAGAUACUUGAUGAGGCAGAAGUCACAUGGAACCCGUGGACUCAGGACCAGCUAAAAAUGGUCUUUGAUGCUCGACACUUCACACCAGGCAUGUUGACCGAUAGUGCAUUCUGGCUGACUUGCUGCAACUUAUUGUUCCUGUGGUGUGUUGAACCUUACAACCCAGAGCGUGUAAUGAGACAGUUCGGUCUCUAUCAAGAAAUUCCACCACCUUUUCCCAGACGUAUCGAUGAGGAAACACAUAAGUAAGAUGUG